AUGCCUAGCAACCAAAGCGAAUCAACAUUAGUGCCCGAGACACCAAGCGACAGCAAAGUCAACAGAUCACAGGAGCAACAAGCUGCUGCCGCCGCGGCCGCGAUGAAAUGGGGCAUUACUCCUUCGAAACCCUAUGACCCAAACGAGAAGCCCGGACCAGAUCAUCCCGUGCACAAAAUUCCACUUGAAAAGCAAGAGAAAAUGCGGAAGAAGGGGAUCAACCCUGUUCUUCGCGCUGAGAUGGACGAAUCAAGGAAAGGACAAGGUGGUUUCUGGGGAAAAGUGGCUCAGACUUCGAUGGGAGGGGGAUGGAUUAAAUGA